AAAUUGUUAGGCGUCCUUUGUACUGCUCAUGCGCCGUAGCUGUGCCUGUACCACUGGCUGGGGGUGAAGCUGCUGUCAGCAGGCGGGUCUUUACGGUGUAUCCGUAAACCGGGAGGGAGGCCCCGGUUCUGAGGUCACAACAAAUCACGGUGCUGCUGUGUGCAUGAACAAUGCCGAUCAUCAGAGCAGACAAGCCAGAGUCCUGUGAUAACGUCAAGGUCGUGGUACGAUGUCGUCCUCUCAACGAACGAGAGAGGGCCAUGAGCAGCAAGAUGGCCGUUGGUGUGGAUGAAAUUAGAGGGACUAUCACUGUACACAAAGUGGACUCUAUGAAUGAGCCACCCAAGACAUUCACGUUUGACACUGUUUUCGGGCCAGACAGUAAACAACUGGAUGUUUAUAACUUGACUGCUCGACCAAUCGUUGAUUCUGUGCUUGAAGGCUACAAUGGCACUAUAUUUGCCUAUGGACAGACUGGAACAGGCAAAACAUUUACUAUGGAAGGAGUCCGGGCAGUACCAGAACUCAGAGGGAUCAUUCCUAAUUCCUUUGCUCAUGUAUUUGGACAUAUAGCUAAAGCUGAAGGGGAUACACGAUUUUUGGUGCGUGUCUCUUAUCUGGAAAUUUAUAAUGAAGAAGUAAAAGACUUGCUUGGGAAGGAUCAGACCCAGAGGCUGGAGGUGAAAGAGAGACCCGAUGUUGGAGUUUACAUUAAGGACUUGUCUGGUUAUGUUGUAAACAAUGCAGAUGACAUGGACAGAAUCAUGACCUUAGGACACAAAAAUCGGUCUGUUGGUGCCACUAAUAUGAAUGAACACAGUUCUCGAUCCCAUGCUAUCUUUACAAUUACUGUCGAAUGCAGUGAGAAAGGGGCAGAUGGAAACAUUCAUGUUCGCAUGGGAAAGCUUCACCUUGUAGAUUUGGCAGGUUCAGAACGACAAUCAAAAACAGGGGCAACUGGACAGAGACUUAAGGAAGCCACAAAGAUAAAUCUUUCCCUUUCAACCCUGGGUAAUGUCAUCUCUGCUUUAGUUGACGGGAAGAGCACUCAUGUGCCCUACAGGAAUUCCAAACUAACUCGGCUGCUUCAGGAUUCACUAGGUGGAAACUCAAAGACCAUGAUGUGUGCAAAUAUCGGCCCUGCAGAUUACAACUACGAUGAGACAAUCAGUACAUUAAGAUAUGCAAACAGAGCCAAAAAUAUAAAAAAUAAAGCUAGAAUUAAUGAAGACCCCAAGGAUGCGUUGCUACGACAGUUUCAAAAAGAAAUUGAAGAUCUCAAAAAGAAGUUGGAGCAAGGAGAAGAUGUUUCUGGUUCUGAUGACAGUGGCACUGAGGAGGAUGAUGAUGAAGACGGAGAAAUCGGAGAAGAUGGAGAAAAGAAAAAAAAGCGAAGGGGCAGUAGCAGCAGCAGUAGCAGUUCAGACUCCACAGUGAUAGAGAGACCAGUGGAUAAAUGCUUACCUAAGCAAGCAGGCAAAAAGAAAGGCUCCCCAGAUAAGAUGGCAGAGAUGCAAGCUAGAAUUGACGAGGAAAGGAAAGCUCUUGAAGCAAAACUUGACAUGGAAGAAGAGGAAAGGAACAAGGCUCGAGCAGAGCUGGAGAGAAGAGAAAAAGAUCUGGUUAAGGCGCAACAUGAACAUCAAUCACUGCUUGAGAAAUUAUCUACUUUGGAGAAGAAGGUCAUUGUUGGAGGAGUGGACUUGCUGGCCAAAGCAGAGGAACAAGAGAAACUUCUAGAAGAAUCCAAUUUUGAACUUGAAGAGCGGAGAAAGCGAGCAGAGAAGCUGCGCAAAGAGUUAGAGGAAAAAGAGCAAGAACGUUUGGAUAUUGAAGAGAAGUACACAAGUUUACAGGAGGAGGCACAAGGCAAAACCAAAAAACUGAAGAAAGUAUGGACCAUGUUAAUGGCUGCAAAGUCAGAGAUGGCAGAUCUACAACAAGAGCACCAAAGGGAGAUAGAGGGUUUGCUAGAGAACAUUCGGCAACUUAGUCGAGAACUGCGACUUCAGAUGAACAUAAUUGAUAGCUUUAUUCCACAGGAAUAUCAGGAAAUGAUUGAAAAUUAUGUUCACUGGAAUGAAGAUAUUGGAGAAUGGCAACUGAAAUGUGUUGCCUACACAGGAAACAACAUGAGAAAACAGACUCCAGUAUUAGACAAGAAAGAAAAAGAUCCCUUUGAAGUUGACUUGUCUCACGUGUAUUUGGCGUACACAGAGGAAAGUCUCCGUCAGUCCUUAAUGAAGCUCGAGAGGCCAAGGACCUCAAAAGGAAAAACACGACCUAAAACUGGUAGAAGGAAGCGUUCUGUGAAGCCCGAAGCUGUGAUCAACUCCUUGUUGCAGUGAAUGAACACUCCAUAGGAAUUAAGCUAGAAUGUUUGUGUGCUGGUGACCCGCCACAACAUUUUUGGUGUGAUAUAAAUUGUCAUUUGGUAGAUUCCAAGGCAUGUCGGCUUCUGUUGUGAUCUAGAUGAACCAUUUUUCCCUUUAAAUGUCUGCCUCUUGUUUCCUCAUGCAAGUGCCAGCUGCUUUUCCAGUAAGAUUCAUAUAGGUUGAGUUCCCUCUGUAGCUAUGGGUUAACUCUCUUCUACUGUGGAAAAGUUAGCUAUACAUUUGUCUAAAAGGGCACAUAAAUAACCCAAUAACUAUUUAACGUUAUUCUGUUAACACAAACCUUUCUUAUCUUCUACCUACACUUCUAAUAACUUAUAUUCAGGUUUGUCAUGGCUAAUGGCUAUUGUGGAUAAGUGUAAUCCAAGCAUUCCAGAUAAAGCAGGGGCCCCCAACGUUUUUUUUUUACCCAUGAGCCACAUUCAUAUGUAAAGAGAGUCGGGAAGCAACACAAUCCCUGGGGAUGCCAAAUAAGGGCUGUGAUUGGUUAUUUGGUAGCUUCUGUGCUGACUAGCAGCCUACAGGAGGCUCUGUUUGGCAGUACAAGGCUGCUGUAAAUAAAGACCAUUACUUGUUACCUAAAAGUGCAUCCCUCAUGUAGGCACCAAAGAUUCUGUUACUUUGUUUUCAGCCAUAUGUACUUUUUAACUAACCAUUUAAUUUGAACUUACGGUACAGGUAUGGGAUCCGUUAUCCGGAAAGCUCCGAAUUAUGGAAAGGACAUCUCCCAUAGACUCCAUUUUAUUCAAAUAAUCCAAAUUUUUUAAAAAUGAUUUCCUUUUUCUCUGUAAUAAUAAAACAGUACUUUGUACUUGAUCACAACUAAGAUAUAAUUAAUCCUUAUUGGAAGCAAAACCAGCCUAUUGGGGUUUUCAUUUUUAUAUGAUUUUCUAGUAGAUUUAAAGUAUGAAGAUCCAAAUUACAGAAAGAUCUGUUAUCCAGAAAACCCCAUGUCCCGAGCAUUCCGGAUAACUGGUCCCAUGCCUGUAGUAUACAAUUAGCUGAGUGUCUUUUAUCAUCUGGACAGAUAUCAGAACACAGUCAAUUUUCGCACAAUAAAUCCCUGUAUCAUCCAAUUCGCACUGUAUCCUGGGCCUUUUCUUGGGAACAACUGCCCUUUCUGUUAGGCUUCUCUUGAGUGCCUGCACAAUCCCGUAGAUUCUUUAUGAAACUAGGGGUGGGCGAAUAGUAUAUUUUAGUGAAAGUCUCCCUUUCUAUUUCAAGCUCAGCUGUGGAGUAAAUCCUCUAAAAAAAGGUUUCUGCCAUUAGCUGAUUGGUUGCAUCCUUGUGUCUUGCAAAGAUUGUGGAGCUUGUAUUGAAUUGGAAACAUAACACUACUGCUCUGUGUGUGUUUGUUUACACCAUUACAUGUCAUUGUUUUCUGCUCUUUUUAUUUUAAAACAUAUAAUGCCAAUGGUUUUACUAUAUGUUCAUUUGUCUGUGCUUUGGGCUGUGUUUAUUUUUAUGGUUAGUUAUUUUAGGAGACCAGCCCAGACUUGCAGCAUCACACAGCUGUUUGGUUUCUGCCUCUAACCCCCAUACCUAAAUGACUUUAAUGUGACACUAUAUACCUUUGAUUGCUGCAAUAGGGACACUAUAUACCUUUGAUUGCUGCAAUAGGGAGCAGUCAGUAUAUCGGCUAUCAAGGUGCUGCCUAGAGUCCUGCGCGGAACCAAUUUGUUAAACCCGACGCGCAACCCGCAUACUUACCCGUUUGGACCUGCUACCUGACCCUUAAGAACCUUAUCCGCAACCCAAUCCACUGACCAUCAAGAAACAGAAAGUGCUGUCAUUGUAAACCGGAAGUGAUAUCAUUGGAAGUUGGCAUGAUCAGAAAAAAAGGAGUAAAACAGUAAAACUUACUAUUGAGAAGACCCGCGUCCCAAACUGCGACCUGUAAACCCGGAGAACUGCCAACCCGCGUCUAUACCCGAUCCCGAAACUUCUAUCUGCAAACGCAGGUUUUUACAGGUGACCCACGGGUACCCGACCCGCUGCAGGACUCUAGUGCUGCCUACUGCUUAUUCUAGCAAAUUAUUAGUACUAGUCUAUGGCCAGCAGGGGGAGACAGGAUUUCCCCAGUGGUGAACUUCAAUAACUAGAGAAAAUGAUGCUUGUGUAUAGGCUAAAAAAUUGCUUGUCUUCACCAGGUCAUAAUAAAAAAAAACACUGACACUUUUCCUAUGUCUUUACUCAACAACCAAGCAUGUAUUUCUUUCUAAAUCCAUUACUGGUCAGUAUAAUGCCCUUUAUCAUUGGAACCUUAACUUGCACCCUGCCUUGGUUAUUAGGCAGCCAUUGAUGUAUAUAGGCUCAUGUAUACGCAACUUGGCUCCCAAAGAAACCAGAGCCCAGAGGCAAAAUUGGGUGCAACUGUCUGGUGUUCCCUCCUACACACAGCUGUCUGACUCUAUAUCGAUUAAUGUGAACCUAAAGCAUGUUUUGUAAGGCAGCAUACAGAUACUGUAAGUCUGUGCAGGUCUUUGGUCCCAGUUCUGGCUGGUUGUAUGUUAGUACCAUUUUAAUUCCUGUAUAAAGUAUUUACAGUUUACACACUGUGUUCUUUCAGACAGCCAGGAGACAGAGAGGGGAAGUUCAGCAAGCACUUUAAAAGAUGUGAGAUGGUUUGUCCUUUUAUAUUUAUUUUUUAUAUUUUCACUUUCAUGUUUGUAUAAAGUGUCUGCUGUUGUACAUUUGCUGUGUUCUCUUUAUUUGUUGCAUAAGCACCGAAAAUAUCCAUAAUUGUGUUGUAGCGCUAAAUGAUUGCCAUACUAUGAGAAAGCAAAGUAAUUGUUAUAUUCCAUAGGAAUUAUUACAGAGGCAUGCCAAGCUUUGUUACGCUCACGAUAUGCUAGAGAUUGACAUGUUCCUUCACUAAAUUGUUUCCCCAUUGAGCAAAAUAAAAGAAGAAUAUAUCCCA